AUGUGGCAUGUGCCUUGCCAAGACGCGGGAGAGGACACUGUACUCUGGAGGGCUGAUAAUGAUGAAUGCAAAGCUUACUUCUCUUCUGCCAAGACCUGGAACAACUUGCGGGAUAAGCGGAAUGAGGUCAGUUGGAGGAAAGUCACCUGGUUCUCUCAGGCAGUGCCCCGACACGCCUUUCAGGUAUGGCUUGCAUUCAGGGAUCGUUUAUCAACGGGAGACAGAAUGAAGAACUGGGGUAUAGAGCAGUGUUGUAUGCUUUGCGGAGAGAAGAACGAAACAAGAGAUCACAUGUUCUUUGCAUGUCCUUUCUCCUUCACGGUCUGGCUAAACACUGCAGGGAAGCUGUUUGGAAACGCCAUUACCCCUGAUUGGAACGAUACCGUCAGCUCACUCUUGCAACAGGCUCAGACUCGGAUAGAUCACAUUCUUAGGAGGAUGGCCUUUCAAACAGUCAUCUACUCAAUUUGGAGGGAACACAACUCACGGAGGCAUGGUGGUGUGUGGGGGUGA